AUGGUGUCGACUCAAGACCGGCCAACUCCCGCACCACGGGUCAGUUUAACCGACCGAAAGCCACUUGUACCAAAUCGUGCCUUGAAACCAACAGUUACUCGAAAUUCUUUUAUUACCUUACAUGAUGCAACUAGAAGGAUAUCAAAUUCAUGGUUGCAUCAUACUCAUCUGCCGAUCCAAAAUUUAUCAUCAAGAAGAAAUUUACGCCGUGUCAAAUCUUUGUCCGCUAUCCGAAAGACGGUGAAAACAAAUAUUAAAAGAUCUGCUUCACUGAUCAUUCAGGAUACUGAUUAUUCUAAAAAUAAAAAUAAAUCAAUAUUGGGUUUGAAAGAUCCAGAAGGUUGCGUUGCAAGGAUUGCAAAAAUGCUGGAUUCGGUAAUUUCCGGGGAUGCAACUUCCGCAAUGAGAUCAGCAGAGGAGCAGAGAGGUUCCUCAAUAAAUAUAAAUUUAGUAGCAAGACAUAAUUUCUGUACUGGAAGAUCAAAAUAUUUGUUGAAGGGUCGCACUAUUUUUGAUGCUGUGAAUGAAAGUCACAGUAAUAUUUCGGUAAUCUCCGGUUCAGAGAAUGUUUCACGGUGUGGUUUGUGGAACUCAGGAUAUAUCGGUCUUGAAGCCUAUUUGAGCAUGGUGGAAUUACUCCAUGAUGAUGUCUCGUCAAACAGUGGACGUGAAAGAAGUUUCGAUUCUUCCGGCAAAUGUUCUGAUGCUGGCAGUCUUAAAAAUUCAACCUUGAUUACACAUUCUUGGAAUGAAAACAAGAAGAUGAAUGACCGAGACAUUUUAGAGGAUAAAUUGCUGUUGUCGGCAUGGGCUGAAGUCAUCAUCUGCAAGAAAGAAUAUGGAAAACUAUGGAUUGUUGUCGAAGAAGGCGCUCUGGCUGGUUGGAUUACUAACACUAAAGAUGGCGAUCCUGUAGUUGGUCCCUACUAUCUGAAAAACAUUUUGUAUGUUGGGAAAAAUCCAGUAAAUGGUUCUGUUGAGUUACAUAUCCGGGAAAAUUUUUUGUGCAGUCAUUGGACAAAUCUUAAACUCAAAAUGGUUGCCGAAGUAGAGAAGUGGAUUUUGGAUAUUGUAAAAUGUAUCAUGCCGAAAAAUGAAUUGUUACUGUACAGUCUAAGGAGUCUAAGUGCGGGAGGCAGUGUAUGGAUACGUCAGGGAACAGCGUGCGCUUGGUCAAGCGGUUGGAUGUUCCUCGAUGGACACAAAUUAUAUUACGCAUUGGAUAGUUGUACUAUAUUGUUUGAACUUGAUAUACGUAAAUUUGUUGGAAUGAAAAGUAUACUAAGCAAAGUUGAUUGGUGUGCAUCGGUUGUUGGUUCAAUGAAAGGGCCAUUCCUUCUGUUACAAGAAGGAGGUUCUUUAUUUGUACAAGCGGAGUAUGAUUCGGCUACUUUAACGUGGAUUGAUUUACUAAAUCAUCAGAUGGAAUGUAGUGGCUAUCGGUUGGAGGACUCGAAGUUAACAUCAGAUGAUGUUCCUGUUAUUGUUGAUAAGUGUAUAAAGUUCAUUUCCACAUAUGGUCUUCUACAACCCGGUUUAUAUCGUCGGAAUGGUCCUAAUGUUGAAGUUCAUCCUGUAAAUGUGCAUUUGUUGCCUGAUUCAGGUGAUAUGACUAAUGUAGUGGCCGAUGUACUCCGAUCGUUUUUCAGACAGCUUGAUUCUCCACUUGUUCCUUAUCACAUUCAGGAUCGACUAUUCGCUGUUGCUGACAUGAAAGAUAGAGCUAGAUUAGAUGAAUAUCAUGAAAUUUUGAUGGGUUUGCCACGAAUACGCAUUCAGACAUUGAGACGUAUUCUUGAUCACUUAAAAGAUGUUACGGAACUAGCAUAUGCAAAUUUAGCAACCGUCGAAAAUGUUGCGAAAGUUUUUGGACCAACAUUAUUUUCAGUCGAACAGGGUAAUGGAGUAGAUAACAACAACUUUGUUGCCACGAUACAGCAAGUGAACCUUGUCAAGGAUCUUUUAACUUAUUAUGCUUCUAUAUUCCGCAUUUCAGCGCGUGAAAUGAUUAUAAAGUCAAAAAUAAAUAUGUUGCAAGAGAAAUCAAAUCAAACGAAGGCUCGUGCAGAUGGUUUUCUUGUUCCUGUACAUAUUCUUGAGAAAGAUAAUCAUACAUUCAAUGUGCAGUCAUCUUCGAAUGCGGAACAAGUCUGUGAUGCAGCUAGAAAUAGGCCAGUUGUUCGUAAUGAGGCUGAUGUAAACAAUUUUGUACUGUUUGAGGAAAUAAAAUGUGGUCAACUUGAAAGACGCGUGAAUCCGCCUGAGAAAAUGAGCUCAAUGGUUACUGGCAGAUGGCUUGACUGGGAACCUGCUGAAUGCUUUCUCCUAUUUAAGAGAGAUCCUAUUCCAUAUUCAUUUAGGCUUUCAUAUCCAUUUGCUGAUGAUGUGCGGAUUGCGGAGCAAGGGACAAAAUCGUUCAGUGUUGGUCAUCUGAAAUUAGAGGGUGGAUUAGUUGCGUACUACAAUAAGGGCUUGAAAAAAAUAAGUGAAUGGCAUACGGACGAUAUACUGUGGUACAUUGGACAUGAGAGCAGUCGUAAGCCGCCUUAUCCACAUACUCUCACAUUUAUAUUACCAAAAGAUAAUAAUUUCAAGUACAAAUCAAAAUACAUGGGUUAUUGUGUCGCAUUUCGUGAGGCGACUCUGAGGAGGCAAUGGCUCAAUGCAGUAGUCAGUUCACAGCAAGAUUUCCAUGAAAAUUCUGUAAUGCCCUUGGUGCAAAUUUAA